GAGUCACCUGGGGAGGCCGACAAGUGCGGACACAUUGGCCGCCGCGGCGCUCGGCUAGGCGCGCACGGCCCCAGGCAGCUGCGCCCGGGGGAGGCAGCACCCGCCCGCCUGCCGCGCCCGGGCCCCGGCCGCGCUUGCAGGGGCCCCACGGUCGCUCAGCCCGGCUCCGAAGUCCCGGCCCCCGGCCCCGGUCACUUCCCCAGGCGCACGCGGCGGCGGCGGCGGCGGCGGCGCUCCGGGCUCACCAUGGUGGCAGCGCGCGCCGAGUGCCCGCGCGUCGCCGGCCGCCCGAGCCGCAGCGCCGGCUGAGCGCGGUCUGCGCGCAAUCCCCAGGCCCCUGCCCGGCCCUUGCCGGGCUUGCGCGUCCCCUCCGGCCGCCGCUGUCUAUGGCGCAGCCCCCCUCCCUGGAUCAUGCACAGAAACUUUCGCAAGUGGAUUUUCUAUGUGUUUCUCUGCUUUGGCGUCCUCUACGUGAAGCUCGGAGCGCUGUCAUCCGUGGUGGCCCUGGGAGCCAACAUCAUCUGCAACAAGAUUCCUGGCUUGGCCCCGCGGCAGCGCGCCAUCUGCCAGAGCCGGCCCGAUGCCAUCAUUGUGAUCGGGGAGGGGGCGCAGAUGGGCAUCAACGAGUGCCAGUACCAGUUCCGCUUCGGGCGCUGGAACUGCUCCGCCCUCGGCGAGAGGACUGUCUUCGGGCAAGAGCUCCGAGUAGGGAGCCGUGAGGCGGCCUUCACCUAUGCCAUCACUGCGGCUGGCGUGGCCCAUGCUGUCACUGCCGCCUGCAGCCAGGGCAACCUAAGCAACUGUGGCUGCGACCGGGAGAAGCAGGGCUACUACAACCAGGCCGAGGGCUGGAAGUGGGGCGGCUGCUCCGCCGACGUGCGCUAUGGCAUCGACUUCUCCCGGCGCUUCGUGGAUGCCCGAGAGAUCAAGAAGAAUGCGCGGCGCCUCAUGAAUCUGCACAACAACGAGGCCGGCAGGAAGGUUCUCGAGGACCGGAUGCAGCUGGAGUGCAAGUGCCAUGGAGUGUCUGGCUCCUGCACCACCAAGACCUGCUGGACCACGCUGCCCAAGUUCCGCGAGGUGGGCCACCUGCUCAAGGAGAAGUACAAUGCAGCUGUGCAGGUGGAGGUGGUGCGAGCCAGCCGCCUGCGGCAGCCCACUUUCCUGCGCAUCAAGCAGCUGCGCAGCUACCAGAAGCCCAUGGAGACGGACCUGGUGUACAUCGAGAAGUCACCCAACUACUGCGAGGAGGAUGCGGCCACGGGCAGUGUGGGCACACAGGGCCGCCUGUGCAACCGCACCUCGCCGGGCGCGGACGGCUGCGACACCAUGUGCUGCGGCCGCGGCUACAACACGCACCAGUACACCAAGGUGUGGCAGUGCAACUGCAAGUUCCACUGGUGCUGCUUCGUCAGGUGCAGCACCUGCAGCGAGCGCACCGAGGUCUUCACCUGUAAGUAAGCGCGGCCACGGCAGCCACGGCACCCCUCCACCGGCGGCGUUUUGCACAUUGCUCCAUGCCGGUCCUGCUUGGUGCUGCCAGCCAUGCACAGAGGUGGAUGCAGAAGGGCCCCAGCCAGGGCCCACAGCCCCUCCCUGUCCCCCAAGGGCUCCCUCCCUGUCCCCCAAGGGCUCCCUCCCAUCACCUCCCAUGGCAGAACAGCACUCACGACCCAUUGAGAGGGCAAGGUCAAUGGUACUGGUGCCCCUGACAGGGCCCAGCAAAUUCCUUUUCUUUUCUCUGGGAAAGUGAACCUCCAGGACACUCCUGCAUCUUGGAAAGCGAAGUGAUGACAAGACUCUGAUGGUCCCCUGCCCUGCUUGGUGGCAUGGACACAGAAUGGCCAUGCCAGCUGGUCACUUGAGACUCUGUCCCCGGCCUUGUCUCUUGCUUGGCCCUGGGGCAUUGUGGACAGAUAAUGACAAGAAUUAUUUAUGUGUUCAUAGUCUCAAAAGAGAAUUCUCAGCACUAGCACGUAGCCAGUCCUAUCUGCACUCCGUGUCAGCCCACCCCCUCCACACCCUCUCUGCUUACUCUCCCCUGCAGGCCCAAGGCACCUUGGGUUGGUGGGGACCAUGAUGUACUUUGGGUCACAGAAAUGAGCUGGACAGGGGCUGAGCAGGUCACACGGUACCAAGAGGACCUCGGAAGAGCACUUCGGACAGGGUCCUCCAGCCCACCUGCCCUUCUUUUAAAAAUCGUAUCAAGCAAAUCACAAUGGCACCUGUGUCAGGUUCCAGGAGUUCCUCGCCCCUCCUCAAUCCUGUUACCCUCCUGGUCUGGCACCUCCAGUUUACAGAGCUCCCUCCUAUCUUAGAGCCAGCCCGACCCCAGGAGAUGCUGUGACAGGGCCAGGCAGGUGGGCGGGAGGUUUGCCCUGUUGACAGAUGGGACGACUGAGGUCUAAAAUGGCACAAGGACUUUCCAGAGACCCCAGGUGUAGCAAUGGCUCCUACUUUGGUUCCUGCCUGCCCCCGGGCCCCUGUGCCUUGAGAAACCUGAUUCCGGGGCCAUACCCCACUCCGUGCCCCUGGGGGACCCCAGCCCUCUCCUAGUCCUUUCGUCCCAGUCCAGAGCUAGAUGUGUCCUUUCCAGACCCUCCCACCCCCUCUCUGAGGAAACUGAGGCACAGAGGGCGGGACUUGACCAAGGCCAGAGAGAAUGGUUUGCAACUGGCUUCUGGUGCACCCCCACUACUCCAGCUCCCCAUUCAGGGUGUGCUCAACAGAGGCCCGGGAGGUGUGUUCUAGGGCCAUGGACAAACCAGGUCACCUGGGCUUAGCCUGGGUAAGCGACCCCCAUCUGGGCCCUGGCCUUGGUGUAAAGCCCAUGUGUCCCCAGCCAUGUUGGACACUUUGAGCCUCUGGGCCACUGUGAAUGCUCCACCCCCACCCUGGCCCCAUCCUUCACAACCCCUCUAGAGUCCCGGGACGCCCCCAAGUCCACAGGCAUGGUGUCCUUUGCCAAGGAACCUGGUUAACUUAUAUUGUUAUAUAGCGUUAAAAUGUCUAUAAUGUCUUUUAAAUUAUUGUGACCUACACUGGGUACCGGAGGUAAGGGGUGGCUGCGGCCACCACCCCCCGAGUCAGGCUCCUCCUGCUUGCGUGGACCCUCGGGGGCCCUGAGGCCACCGAGUCACUAGCACUGUCCCUUGGCCGCCAGGCUCUGCCCUCCCUAGAGUUUGUUAGCAGCGGGUCCUUCCCUGGGUGGGAGGGUCGGGGGUCCAGGCGGCCCUGCUACCUGUGCUCUGUGCAGGCACUGUGGUGGCCAAGGUGCUGCGUGUCCCUGAAGUGCCCACGUCUGACAGCUGUGUCGCCAGCCCCCCGGGAGGGGAGCGC